CACCUCUAGUAAUAGACUAAUAGCAGUGCUUCUUCACCCUUCCCUUUCAGAGCCGAUAGAUACAAUCCCCCAAGUUUUCACUCUCAAAUUUAAAACCCUAAAUUUCUCUCACAGAAAUCAAUUUCUCUCUCUUUACACAACCAUAAAAUUAUACCAGAACCGAAGCGAGAGAGUUUAGCAGCAGUUCACCACCAUGGAACCCUAGAAAAACCCUAGAAAUUCAAAUUGAGAACAAAACUUAGGGUUUUUGACGCCAUGAGUCCAAUUCAGAAUUUCGAGCAGCAUUCUCGCCAUCUCGUGGAGCCUGACCUCCCGAUUCAAACGAGGCUACAGAUGGCUAUAGAGGUGCGGGAUAGUCUUGAGAUUGCGCACACGGCGGAGUAUUUGAAUUUUCUUAAAUGUUACUUCCCGGCAUCUUCUAUUAUUCUGUUACAAAUUACAAAACCGCAAUUUGUAGAUAAUUCUGAGCAUAAGUUACGAAAUAUUGUGGUGGAGAUUCUGAAUCGCUUACCGCAUAGUGAGGUUCUUCGGCCCUUUGUUCAGGAUCUUUUGAAAGUUGCAAUGCAAGUGCUUACUACCGAUAAUGAAGAAAAUGGGUUGAUAUGCAUUCGUAUUAUUUUUGAUCUUCUGAGGAAUUUUAGGCCAACAUUAGAAAAUGAGGUUCAGCCAUUUUUAGACUUUGUAUGUAAGAUUUACCAGAAUUUUAGAUUGACUGUUAGCCAUUUCUUUGAUAACACAAGUGCGGCUGUUGAGGAUGUUAAACCAAUGGAAAUUUCUACUUCUUCAGAUCAAGGGCUUUUGAGUACUGGACACAUUGGGAAUGGCCAGCUUAAUCCUAGUACUCGUUCAUUUAAGAUAGUUACUGAGAGUCCACUUGUGGUUAUGUUUCUGUUCCAAUUGUAUAGCCGUCUUGUACAAACUAAUAUUCCUCACUUAUUGCCAUUGAUGGUUGCUGCAAUAUCUGUCCCGGGCCCUGACAAAGUUCCUCCCCAUCUGAAAACUAACUUCAUUGAACUGAAGGGUGCACAGGUUAAGACAGUUUCUUUCUUAACCUACCUGUUGAAGAGUUUUGCUGACUAUAUUAGGCCACAUGAAGAAAGUAUAUGUAAAAGCAUUGUGAAUUUGCUUGUUACAUGCUCAGACUCUGUAGCCAUUAGAAAGGAACUGCUAGUUGCCUUAAAACAUGUUCUAGGGACAGAUUUCAAGAGGGGUUUAUUUCCUUUAAUUGACACACUUUUAGAAGAGCGAGUUCUAGUUGGGACUGGUCGGGCAUGCUAUGAAACUCUGAGGCCAUUGGCUUAUAGUCUACUUGCAGAGAUUGUUCAUCAUGUUCGGAGUGACCUUUCCUUAUCACAGCUGUCACGGAUUAUUUACCUGUUCUCAAGUAACAUGCAUGAUGCUUCAUUAUCUCUCAGCAUCCACACCACCUGUGCCCGGUUAAUGUUAAAUCUGGUAGAGCCAAUUUUUGAGAAAGGUGUGGACCAUUCAACCAUGGAUGAAGCUCGGAUUUUACUGGGGCGUAUUUUGGAUGCUUUUGUUGGCAAAUUCAGCACUUUUAAGCGCACCAUUCCGCAGCUGUUGGAGGAAGGGGAGGAUGGAAAGGAGCGUGCUACUUUGAGGUCAAAGCUUGAACUCCCUGUGCAGGCAGUUUUGAAUUUGCAAGUUCCGGUGGAACAUUCUAAGGAAGUCAGUGAUUGUAAGAAUUUGAUCAAGACCUUAGUUAUGGGAAUGAAGACUAUUAUAUGGAGCAUCACUCAUGCACAUUUGCCACGAUCACAGGUUUCUCCUUCCACGCAUGGAACACAUUCUCAAGUGCUUGUUUCACCGUCUUCUAGCUUACCGGCUCCCCAAGCAUUCAAAGGGAUGAGAGAAGAUGAGGUGUGGAAAGCCUCAGGUGUCCUGAAGAGUGGGGUGCAUUGUUUAGCUCUCUUUAAGGAGAAGGAUGAGGAGAGGGACAUGCUUAAUCUAUUUUCCCAAAUACUGUCCAUAAUGGAACCUCGAGAUCUUAUGGACAUGUUCUCAUUGUGCAUGCCUGAACUUUUUGAAUGCAUGAUUAGCAAUACUCAACUGGUUCACAUUUUUUCUUCGCUUUUGCAAUCUUCGAAAGUAUAUCGCCCAUUUGCAGAUGUCUUGGUGAACUUUCUUGUAUGCAGCAAACUUGAUGUUUUGAAGAACCCAGAUUCACCUGCAGCAAAACUGGUUCUGAAUCUCUUUCGGUUUAUAUUUGGUGCUGUCUCUAAAGCACCUGCAGAGUUUGAACGUAUUUUGCAGCCUCAUGUCCUUGUUAUAAUGGAAGUUUGCAUGAAGAAUGCUACUGAAGUUGAAAAACCUCUUGGUUAUAUGCAGCUUCUUCGAACAAUGUUUAGGGCUCUUGCUGGAUGUAAAUUUGAGCUUCUCCUCCGGGAUCUGAUUCCAAUGUUACAGCCCUGCCUGAAUAUGUUAUUGACAAUGCUAGAGGGUCCAACUGGUGAAGAUAUGAGGGACCUUUUACUUGAACUAUGCUUAACAAUGCCUGCACGCUUAAGCUCAUUGCUGCCGCACCUUCCACGUCUUAUGAGACCUCUUGUUUUGUGUCUGAAGGGAAGUGAUGACCUAGUGAGUUUAGGUUUAAGAACACUUGAAUUUUGGGUAGAUAGUUUAAAUCCUGAUUUCCUGGAACCCAGUAUGGCUAAUGUCAUGUCAGAGGUAAUUUUAUCCUUAUGGUCUCACCUGAGGCCUGCACCUUAUCCCUGGGGUGGAAAAGCUCUGCAACUCCUUGGCAAGUUAGGUGGCCGCAACAGACGUUUUCUUAAAGAGCCCCUUGCACUUGAAUGCAAAGAUAACCCAGAGCAUGGGCUUCGUCUUAUACUUACAUUUGAGCCUUCAACUCCGUUUUUGGUGCCUUUGGAUCGAUGCAUAAAUCUUGCAGUAGCAGCUGUCAUAAACAAAAACAGUGGCAUGGAUGCUUUCUACAGAAAACAGUCUUUGAAGUUCCUCCGUGUUUGCUUAUCAUCUCAGCUUAAUUUGCCUGGGAAUGUUUCUGAUGAGGGAUAUACAGCCAGACAGCUGUCAACCACCUUAGUUUCUGCAGUUGAUUCAUCCUGGCGUAGGUCCGAGACAUCAGAUAUAAAGGCUGAUUUAGGCGUGAAGACAAAAACCCAGCUUAUGGCUGAGAAAUCAGUUUUCAAGAUUCUGUUAAUGACCAUAAUUGCUUCCAGUGCUGAACCAGAUCUGCAUGACCCCAAAGAUGAUUUUGUUGUCAAUGUUUGCCGCCAUUUUGCUAUGAUAUUUCAUAUAGAUUAUAACUCAAAUAACCCUUCAAUUCCAAGUGCUCUUGGUGGGCCUAUGCUUUCAUCAAGUAGUAGUGUCAGUUCCAGGUCAAAGACUAGCACUAAUCUGAAAGAGUUGGACCCUUUGAUAUUCUUGGAUGCUUUGGUUGAUGUGCUAUCUGAUGACAAUAGGGUCCAUGCCAAAGCUGCUCUAGAUGCUUUAAAUAUCUUUGCUGAAACACUUCUCUUCCUUGCUCGCUCAAAAAAUGGUGAUGUGCUGAUGUCAAGAGCAGGCCCUGGUACACCUAUGAUUGUGUCUAGUCCAUCAAUGAAUCCUGUAUAUUCACCACCCCCAAGUGUUUGCAUCCCAGUUUUUGAGCAACUUCUUCCACGUCUUUUGCAUUGUUGCUAUGGAACGACAUGGCAAGCACAGAUGGGAGGUGUUAUGGGACUUGGUGCUUUGGUGGGAAAGGUAACUGUUGAGACUCUGUGCCACUUCCAAGUAAGAAUUGUGCGGGGUCUAGUCUAUGUACUCAAAAGACUUCCUCCCUAUGCAAGCAAAGAGCAGGAUGAGACUAGUCAAGUGCUUACACAGGUUCUUCGUGUGGUGAAUAAUGUUGAUGAAGCUAACAGUGAACCACGCAGGAAAAGUUUUCAAGGGGUAGUUGAUUUUCUUGCUUCAGAAUUGUUCAAUCCCAAUGCAUCUAUUAUUGUAAGAAAGAAUGUGCAAUCAUGUUUGGCACUAUUGGCUAGUAGGACUGGUAGUGAGGUAUCGGAGUUACUUGAGCCUCUGUAUCAGCCUUUGCUUCAGCCCCAUAUCACACGGCCACUCAGGUCAAAGACUGUUGAUCAACAGGUUGGGAUAGUUACAGCUCUGAAUUUUUGCCUGGCCUUGAGGCCGCCACUUCUCAAGUUGACUCAAGAGCUAGUUAACUUUCUGCAAGAAGCGUUGCAAAUAGCAGAGGCUGAUGAAAAUGUAUGGGCUGUGAAGUUUAUGAACCCCAAGUACACCUUGUCACUAAAUAAGCUUCGAACAGCUUGCAUUGAGCUACUCUGUACUGCUAUGGCAUGGGCUGAUUUCAAGACUCAAAAUCAUUCUGAAUUGCGUGCAAAGAUCAUUUCCAUGUUCUUCAAGUCCUUGACAUGUCGGACACCAGAAAUUGUUGCUGUUGCCAAGGAGGGGUUACGCCAGGUUAUUAACCAGCAAAGAAUGCCGAAAGAACUUCUGCAGAGCAGCCUCAGGCCUAUUCUAGUUAACUUGGCUCACACCAAGAAUCUUAGCAUGCCUCUUUUGCAAGGUCUGGCUCGCUUGCUUGAACUUUUGUCUAGCUGGUUUAAUGUCACCCUGGGUGGUAAGCUGUUGGAGCACCUUAAGAAAUGGAUGGAACCUGACAAGCUUUCCCAGAGUAUAAAGUCAUGGAAGGCUGGUGAAGAGCCGAAAAUUGCAGCAGCUAUCAUUGAGCUAUUCCACUUACUUCCCCAUGCUGCAUUGAAGUUUCUUGAUGAACUUGUGACCUUGACUAUUGAUUUGGAAGGGGCUCUUCCUCCUGGACUAGUAUACAGUGAAAUUAACAGUCCAUAUCGUCUACCUCUUACAAAAUUCUUAAAUCGAUAUGCAACACUAGCUGUUGAUUAUUUUCUAGCCCGAUUAAGUGAUCCAAAAUACUUCAGGCGGUUCAUGUACAUUUUGAGAUCAGAUGCUGGCCAACCAUUGAGAGACGAGCUGGCUAAAUCCCCCCAGAAAAUACUUGCAAGUGCCUUUCCUGAGUUUCUGCCAAAAUCAGACGUGGAGAUGACUUCUAGCUCUUCAACUCCACCUUCUGCUUUGUUGGGUGAAGAAAGUCUUGUUGCCCCUCCAGCUGACGGUGCAAAUUUACCAUCUAUCCCCACUGGUGCAACUUUGGAUGCUUAUUUUCAAGGUCUUGCACUUAUUAAAAUGCUGGUCAAAUUGAUACCGGGCUGGUUGCAUAGUAAUCAACUUGUGUUUGAUACGUUGGUACUAGUAUGGAAGUCACCCGCUAGAGUAUCCCGUUUGCACAAUGAACAGGAGUUAAACUUGGUGCAAGUUAAAGAAAGCAAAUGGCUUGUCAAAUGCUUCCUGAAUUACUUGCGUCAUGACAAAAAAGAAGUUAAUGUUCUCUUUGAUAUCCUCUCCAUCUUCUUAUUCCACAGUCGCAUUGACUACACUUUUUUGAAGGAGUUUUAUAUUAUUGAGGUCGCAGAAGGAUAUCCGCCAAACAUGAAGAGAGCGCUCCUCUUGCAUUUCUUGAACCUUUUCCAAUCAAAACAACUUGGUCAUGAUCAUUUGGUGGUUGUUAUGCAAAUGCUCAUUCUUCCGAUGCUUGCUCAUGCUUUCCAGAAUGGCCAAAGCUGGGAGGUUGUUGACCCUGGUAUUAUAAAAACCAUUGUUGACAAACUUCUUGAUCCACCAGAAGAGGUUUCUGCUGAAUAUGAUGAGCCUUUGAGGAUAGAACUCUUGCAGCUCGCCACUUUACUGCUAAAAUAUCUCCAAAACGACCUUGUUCAUCAUCGGAAAGAGCUCAUUAAAUUUGGCUGGAAUCAUCUCAAACGUGAGGACAGUGCUAGUAAGCAGUGGGCAUUUGUGAAUGUGUGCCAUUUCUUGGAAGCCUAUCAGGCCCCAGAAAAAAUUAUACUUCAGGUUUUUGUUGCGCUUCUCAGAACUUGCCAGCCGGAAAAUAAACUUCUGGUCAAGCAGGCUCUUGAUAUACUGAUGCCAGCUUUACCACGGAGGUUGCCUCUCGGCGAUUCUCGGAUGCCAAUUUGGAUACGAUACACAAAAAAAAUUUUGGUUGAGGAAGGUCAUUCGAUUCCCAAUCUGAUUCACAUUUUCCAGCUUAUUGUGCGUCAUUCAGAUCUCUUCUACAGCUGCAGAGCACAGUUUGUUCCCCAAAUGGUCAAUUCUCUCAGUCGGCUUGGACUGCCAUGCAACACAACAACAGAAAACAGGCGCCUUGCCAUAGAACUUGCUGGGUUGGUCGUUGGCUGGGAAAGGCAAAGGCAACAUGAAAUGAAAGUCAUGACUGAUAGUGAUGUCCCCAGUCAGUCUAAUGAUGGAUUUAACCCUGGGUAUGCUGGUACUGAUUCUAAGCGUGCUGUGGAUGGAUCUACCUUCCCUGAAGAUGCAAGUAAGAGAGUUAAAGUGGAACCUGGUCUUCAAUCCAUCUGUGUCAUGUCACCUGGUGUUGCCUCAUCAAUACCAAAUAUAGAAACCCCUGGACCUGGUGGCCAACCUGAUGAAGAAUUCAAGCCUAAUGCUGCUAUGGAAGAAAUGAUUAUCAAUUUUCUUAUAAGAGUUGCCUUGGUCAUAGAGCCCAAGGACAAGGAAGCUACUACUAUGUACAAACAAGCCUUGGAGCUACUUUCACAAGCUUUGGAGGUGUGGCCCAAUGCUAAUGUUAAGUUCAAUUACUUAGAAAAAUUGUUCAACAGCAUGCAACCAUCACAGUCAAAGGAUCCUUCUACAGCUCUUGCUCAGGGCUUGGAUGUAAUGAAUAAGGUCUUGGAGAAGCAACCUCAUUUGUUCAUUAGAAAUAACAUAAACCAGAUCUCUCAGAUUCUAGAACCCUGUUUCAAGCAGAAAAUGUUAGAUGCUGGAAAGUCAUUGUGCUCUCUGUUGAAGAUGGUUUUUGUUGCUUUUCCACCAGAUGUGGCCAGUACACCACCUGAUGUGAAGCUAUUGUAUCAGAAGGUCGAUGACUUGAUACAGAAGCACAUUGACUCUGUUACCUCUCCUCAGACAUUGGGUGAGGAUACAUCUGUUAGUUCGAUUUCCUUUGUACUGCUUGUCAUCAAAACCCUGACAGAGGUGGGGAAGUACAUUGAACCACCCAUAUUGGUUCGUAUCCUUCAACGACUAGCACGUGAUAUGGGAUCAUCAGCAGGUUCUCAUUUGAGACAAGGUCAGCGAACUGAUCCAGAUUCGGCAGUGUCUUCUUCUCGUCAAGGUGCUGAUCUCGGAGCAGUCAUCUGUAAUCUAAAAUCCGUGCUGAAGCUUAUUUGUGAAAAAGUGAUGGUUGUUCCUGAUUGCAAACGAUCUGUAACUCAAGUCUUGAAUGCCUUGCUUUCAGAGAAAGGCACCGAUUCUAGCGUGCUUCUUUGCAUUUUAGAUGUUAUAAAAGGGUGGAUUGAAGAUGAUUUCUGCAAACCAGGAAGAGUCACAUCAAGCGGUUUUAUCAGUCAUAAGGAAAUAGUCUCUUUUCUUCAAAAGCUGUCACAAGUUGAUAAGCAAAACUUCGGUCCUGAUGCUCAUGAAGAUUGGGACAGGAAAUAUCUUCAGCUUCUUUAUGGAAUUUGUGCUGAUUCAAAAUAUUUGGUGGCCCUACGCCAGGAUGUGUUUCAGAAGGUGGAAAGACAAUUCAUGCUUGGUUUACGAGCAAGAGAUCCUGACAUUAGGAAGAAAUUCUUUUUGCUUUAUCAUGAAUCUCUUGGGAAAUCAUUGUUUGCAAGACUGCAAUAUAUUAUCCAACUCCAGGACUGGGAAGCUUUAAGUGAUGUUUUCUGGCUCAAACAGGGUCUUGAUCUUCUUCUGGCAAUCUUAGUUGAGGACAAACCAAUCACUCUUGCCCCUAAUUCUGCCAGGGUUCAGCCAGUUGUGGUCUCAAGUUCCCUUCCGGAUAGUUCUGGGAUGCAGCAACUGGUUGCUGAUGUUCCAGAGGGUUCUGAGGAAGCUCCUCUCACUUUUGAUAGUCUUGUUCUUAAGCAUGCUCAGUUUCUGAAUGAGAUGAAUAAACUUCAGGUGGCUGAUCUGGUUAUUCCAUUAAGAGAACUGGCCCAUACAGAUGCAAAUGUCGCAUACCAUUUGUGGGGGCUGGUAUUUCCCAUUGUCUGGGUGACCCUGCACAAAGAAGAACAAGUUACAUUAGCUAAACCAAUGAUUACUCUCUUAUCAAAAGAUUAUCACAAGAAGCAGCAAGCCAGUAGACCAAAUGUGGUGCAAGCUCUCCUAGAAGGCCUUCAGUUGAGCCACCCACAACCUCGGAUGCCAAGUGAGCUUAUUAAGUACAUUGGAAAAACAUAUAAUGCAUGGCACAUAGCCUUGGCUUUGUUAGAAAGUCAUGUCAUGCUAUUCAUGAAUGAAACAAAGUGCUCUGAGUCUCUGGCUGAGCUUUAUCGUUUGCUCAAUGAAGAAGAUAUGAGAUGUGGGCUGUGGAAAAAGAGGUCAAUCACUGCAGAAACUAGAGCUGGACUUUCACUAGUUCAGCAUGGUUACUGGCAGCGUGCUCAAAGCCUCUUUUAUCAAGCCAUGGUUAAGGCAACACAAGGCACAUAUAAUAACACAGUACCUAAGGCUGAGAUGUGUCUCUGGGAAGAGCAGUGGCUUUACUGUGCAAGUCAAUUGAAUCAGUGGGAUGCAUUGGUUGACUUUGGUAAAAGUAUGGAGAAUUAUGAAAUUCUUCUUGAUAACCUCUGGAAAUUGCCUGAUUGGGCGUAUAUGAAGGAUCAUGUGAUCCCUAAGGCUCAAGUAGAAGAAACUCCAAAACUCCGUUUAAUUCAAGCCUUUUUUGCUCUUCAUGAUAGAAAUACAAAUGGUGUGGGUGAUGCAGAAAACAGUGUGGGAAAAGGAGUUGAUCUUGCUUUAGAACAGUGGUGGCAGUUGCCUGAAAUGUCUGUACAUUCCAGGAUUCCUCUUUUGCAGCAAUUCCAGCAGCUCAUUGAAGUUCAAGAAUCUGCUCGAAUUCUUGUGGACAUUGCAAAUGGAAACAAACUUUCUAGCACUUCUGUUGGUGUGCAUGGUAAUCUCUAUGCAGAUCUCAAGGACAUCCUUGAAACUUGGAGACUGAGAACCCCAAAUGAAUGGGAUAACAUGUCUGUUUGGUAUGAUCUGCUCCAGUGGCGUAAUGAAAUGUAUAAUUCUGUAAUCGAUGCAUUCAAGGAUUUUGUAACCACAAAUCCACAACUUUAUCACCUCGGAUUUCGUGACAAAGCGUGGAAUGUGAAUAAGCUUGCUCAUAUUGCUCGUAAGCAAGGCCUUAAUGAUGUUUGUGUAACAAUUCUUGAAAAGAUGUAUGGCCAUUCAACCAUGGAAGUGCAGGAAGCUUUUGUUAAGAUAAGAGAGCAGGCAAAGGCUUAUCUGGAGAUGAAGGGAGAGCUUACCAGUGGUCUCAAUUUGAUUAACAGCACAAAUCUGGAAUAUUUUCCUGUGAAACACAAAGCUGAGAUUUUUCGUCUUAGAGGGGAUUUUUUGUUGAAGCUUAAUGACUCUGAAGAUGCCAAUAUUGCAUAUUCAAAUGCUAUCAGCCUUUUCAAAAACUUGCCUAAAGGAUGGAUAAGCUGGGGGAAUUAUUGUGACACGGCUUAUCGAGAUACUCAAGAUGAAAUUUGGCUGGAAUAUGCUGUUAGCUGCUUUCUUCAAGGCAUCAAAUUUGGUGUUUCCAAUUCCAGAAGCCAUCUAGCUCGGGUGCUGUAUCUUCUCAGCUUUGAUACUCCCAGUGAAUCUGUGGGGAGAGCAUUUGAUAAAUACUUGGACCAAAUACCCCACUGGGUUUGGCUUUCGUGGAUUCCACAGCUAUUACUUUCUUUGCAGAGGACAGAGGCACCUCAUUGCAAACUUGUUCUACUGAAAAUUGCCACUGUGUUUCCACAGGCUUUGUAUUACUGGCUCCGCACAUAUUUGCUUGAGCGUCGUGAUGUUGCAAAUAAAUCUGAACUAGGUAGAUUGGCAAUGGCUCAGCAAAGAAUGCAGCAAAAUGCAUCUGGUGCUGGGGCUGCUUCUCUUGGAUUGACUGAUGGAAAUGCGAGAGUGCAGAGUCAUGGAGGCGGUGGUGCUUUAGCCACAGACAAUACUGUUCAUCAAGGCACUCAGUCUAGUGGUGUGAUUGGGUCUCAUGAUGGUGGAAACACUCAUGGACAUGAACCUGAAAGAUCCACAGCAGUUGAAAGCAGUGUGCAUGCGGGGAAUGAUCAAACUUUACAACAAAGUUCUUCGAUGAUCAGUGAAAGUGGUCAGAAUGCUGUGAGGCGUAAUGUUGCUUUGGGCUUUGUUGCUUCUGCUGCCAGUGCUUUUGAAGCUGCAAAGGAGAUAAUGGAGGCUCUUAGAAGCAAACACAGUAAUUUGGCUAGUGAACUUGAGAUUCUACUUACAGAAAUUGGUUCCCGGUUUGUGACUCUGCCAGAGGAGAGACUUCUUGCUGUGGUUAAUGCACUGCUCCACCGCUGCUACAAGUACCCAACUGCCACUACAGGAGAGGUUCCCCAAUCUCUCAAGAAAGAACUCUCUGGUGUUUGCAGGGCUUGCUUCUCUGUUGAUGCUGUGAACAAGCAUGUUGAUUUUGUGAGAGAUUACAAACAGGAUUUUGAGCGUGAUCUUGAUCCAGAAAGCAUAGCUACUUUCCCUGCCACUCUUUCCGAACUGACUGCUCGAUUGAAACAUUGGAAAAAUGUUCUACAGAGCAAUGUAGAGGACCGGUUUCCAACUGUCUUGAAACUUGAAGAGGAAAGCAGGGUUCUGCGUGACUUUCAUGUUGUUGAUGUAGAGGUUCCAGGACAGUAUUUUUGUGAUCAGGAAAUUGCACCAGACCACACAGUUAAGUUAGACAGGGUUGGAGCUGACAUUCCAAUUGUUCGAAGGCAUGGAAGCAGCUUCAGGCGUCUGACUCUUAUUGGUUCUGAUGGUUCUCAACGUCAUUUCAUUGUCCAGACAUCCUUGACCCCUAAUGCAAGAAGUGAUGAACGAAUACUGCAGCUUUUCCGUGUAAUGAACCAGAUGUUUGAUAAGCACAAAGAAUCAAGACGUCGUCAUAUAUGCAUUCACACUCCAAUCAUCAUUCCUGUUUGGUCCCAGGUCCGCAUGGUCGAAGAUGAUUUAAUGUAUAGCACUUUUCUUGAAGUGUAUGAGAACCAUUGUGCAAGGAAUGACCGAGAAGCAGAUCUCCCAAUCACCUACUUCAAGGAGCAACUAAACCAAGCUAUAUCUGGCCAAAUCUCUCCUGAAGCUGUUGUAGAUCUUCGCCUCCAAGCUUACAAUGAGAUAACUAAGAUUUAUGUGUCUGAUGGCAUCUUUUCCCAGUAUAUUUACAAGACUCUUCUGAGUGGCAAUCAUAUGUGGGCUUUUAAAAAGCAAUUUGCAAUCCAGUUAGCGCUUUCAAGUUUCAUGUCUUUCAUGCUGCAGAUCGGAGGAAGGUCUCCAAAUAAGAUACUAUUUGCUAAGAACACUGGCAAGAUUUUCCAGACAGAUUUUCACCCUGCAUAUGAUGCAAAUGGCAUGAUUGAGUUCAAUGAACCCGUUCCUUUUCGGCUAACAAGGAACAUGCAGGCAUUCUUCUCCCAUUUUGGAGUAGAAGGUCUUAUUGUGUCUGCCAUGUGUGCUGCAGCACAGGCUGUGGUUUCACCAAAACAAAGCAAACAUUUAUGGCAUCAAUUAGCCAUGUUUUUCCGUGAUGAACUUCUGUCUUGGUCUUGGAGACGACCACUUGGGUUGAAUCUGGGACCUGCUGCCAGUGGGAGUAGUAUGAACCCUGCUGAUUUCAAGCAUAAGGUCACUACCAACGUAGACAAUGUCAUCAACCGUAUCACUGGAAUUGCUCCACAGUAUCUCUCUGAAGAGGAGGAAAAUGCUGUGGACCCACCACAGUCGGUGCAGAGGGGUGUCACUGAGUUGGUAGAAGCUGCUUUGACACCAAGGAACUUGUGCAUGAUGGAUCCAACAUGGCAUCCCUGGUUUUAAGCCAUGAAUGGAGAGUAGCGAUUGAAUGUCAAUAGUGGUUUUCUAUUGUAAAUAAAGAUUAUUAUGUACAGCUGAAUCUGGAAAUUGCUGCUAGUUGUCAUUCAUUUUGAAGUCUAAAUAGUUAACGGUAGGCUUUAUAUAUGAAUGUCUAUUAAUUGAAUUAAGCAUUUGCAUCAUGAAAAUUCUACAAUCAGAUGGAAGAUUUUACA